UAUAAAGAAACGUUGUACAGAAAAAUGUUGAAAUUAAGAUUACCUCCUCUUCCAACUAUAAGAGAUGUCAUCAAAUUAUAUAAAUUAUCUGCUUUGAAACAUCUGUCUCAAAAUUUUCUACUGGAUGAAAGACUUAUCGAUAAAAUAAUCAAGAAAGCUGGAGAUCUUUCGAAAAGUCAUGUACUCGAAGUUGGACCUGGUCCAGGUGGAUUAACCAGAUCUAUAAUGCGUAAAAAUCCUAGAAAGGUAAUAGUCAUUGAAAAAGAUCCAAGAUUUAAACCAAUAUUAGAUAUGUUAGCGGAUGCUUUUAAUUAUUCAAAUGGUCAAAUGGAUGUUAUAUACGAGGAUAUAAGAAAUAUAAAUAUGAGCAAUAUGUUUCCUAUAGAAGAGAAAAAGGAAUGGACGGAUAUAGCUCCAAAUAUUCAUUUAAUUGGUAAUUUACCGUUUAAUGUUUCAACUAUUUUAAUAAUUGAAUGGCUUAAAAAAAUAUCUGAACGAAGUGGUCCAUGGUCUUACGGUAGGACAAAAAUGUUAUUAACAUUUCAAAGAGAAGUUGCGGAACGUUUGGUAGCUAGACCAUGUGAAGAACAACGCUGUAGAUUAUCAGUAAUGGCACAAGCAUGGACAGAACCUAAUCUUCGUUUAAUUAUUCCAGGAAAAGCUUUUCUUCCUAAACCUGAUGUUGAUGUAGGAGUUGUAACAUUUGAACCAUUAAAAUCACCACGUACAAUGCACCAAUUCAAUUUUUUUGAAAGAGUAACAAGAACCAUUUUUAGUUCUCGACAAAAGUACAGCAUUAAAUGUGUCGGAAGACUUUUUCCAGAAUAUUGUAGAGAAGAACUUUCUCAUAUGGUAUAUAAAUUGACCGAUUUAGAUCCAAUGACAAGACCGAUGGAACUAACCGUGGAAGAUUUUGAUAAAAUAUCAACCGCUUAUAAAUAUCUAUUGGAAAAACAUCCCGAGAUAAGCCUGUAUAAUUUUCGUGCAUCGCAUAAAAUACUUUCAAGAAAAUUUACUAAAGUUAAUUUCAUUAGCGAAUGUGCAGAAUAGAAUAAAUUUGUAUUUGGAAAA